AUGAUUCCUUUACCCCCUUCAUCCAUCCCGAGAAAUCUCAUCCGCCACAUUCAUCUCAGAGGCGUGACACCAUUUCAUAUUGCCCAGACUAUUCAAUCCACCCUCGUAUCCAGACUACUUGAACAUAAAAAGAAGCCAUCAAAUCCCGAACACGCCCACCUGACACCUCCAACUCCUACAGUCCUCACCUUCCAAUCAACUCCAGUCUACACCACCGGCCGACGAGAGCUCCAAACUCCACUCUCGGAAUCCCUCCUCAAAACUCUUCACGAGCCUCUAAUCCCCAUUUCAACCACCCACCUCCCCACCAUUCGCGAACCAUUCACCACCAUCAACAGCAAGGAGCAAAGAGCCGAAGUUGUCCAAACACCUCGAGGCGGCCUAAUAACUUUUCACGGUCCAGGCCAACUCGUCAUUUAUCCCAUCAUUGACUUGUUAACUUUUCCCAACUUGGGCGUAAGAUGUUAUGUAAAUCUGUUGGAAGAAGCUACCAUCAAAUUAUUGCGCGCCAUGUGUUUGGAUAUUCUAGGCCGGACGGAAAAUCCCGGGGUAUGGCUGAAUGAGAAGGAGAAGAUAGCAAGUUUAGGUGUCCAGUUAAGAAGAAACGUCAGUAGCUACGGGAUUGGACUGAACAUGAUAAUGGAGAGAGGAUGGUGGGAUAGAAUCAAAGCGUGCGGAUUAGACGGGAAGAGAAUCAUAGCACUCGAUGAAAUAUUCUUCCAAACACCCGGAAAAUACGAAGAACUGCAAGAAAAACGGGGCAGUGAUAUAAAACUCCAACUAAAAGAUGGUAGUUACAUAGCCCACUGGUGGCUAAAAGAAUUCACAGCCGGACUAGGCCGUCUCCAACGAGGCGAAAAAUGCGACGACGGAAGUGAAAGCCCAGUGGAAAGCGAAUCUCAAAAAGUCGAAAAAGAAGAACAGAGUAAGGACGAAAAUAUCGGAAAACUAAGAGAAUGGUCUACCUGGAGAGAUACCCCCGAAGAAGUAAAACAAUUAAUACAACUCGAUAUACGAGGAGGAAAGGAAUUAAAUAUAAGUACCGGUGGUGGAUUUAUUCAAUAUCAUCAGUGGGGAUGA